AUGGUAUAUAUACCGCCUCUGAACUUUGCCCCUGUGGUGAGCACAGAGGUAUCACUUUACCGGUCUGGAUACCCUAUGCCACUCAACUAUCCGUUCAUCGCGGACCAGCUGCAGCUAAAAACGGUGAUAUACGUCGGGGACAAAGAGAUAUCAGAGGACUACCGGGAGUUUUUGGCUUCACAGAGUAUUGUGUACGAGUACGUUCAUGUAGAGUCGUGUCGCGAUGCUAACAUCAAGGAGCACAUGGACCAGGUUUUGCGUAAAGUGCUGGACAAACACAACUAUCCCAUACUGAUACACUCGAAUAAGGGCAAGCACAGAGUAGGGGUCGUGGUGGGGAUUAUACGAAAAGUUCUCCAAGGUUGGUCAACGACAGGUGUCUACCAGGAAUACGAUAUUUUUAGCGGUGGACUGAAAGGUGGCGUGGACCUGGAGUUUGUUACGAUGUUCGAAACGGAUCUGAAAGUUCGCAGACUCACAAUACCAGAUUUCGUGAAACUGCAGGACGAAGGUGUGACGAAAACGGGUUCAUGA